UCAAAUGUUUUUCAAUAAUCAAAAUUGUUAGAACAACAAAUUAUUACCUGUCUCUCCUUACCCUAAAUCAUGUGAUUUGUUGCCACUCCUAAAAUCACAACACAUUUACCUAAAAUUUCCCUUUCUUCAAUACAAUUUUCCUAAAUUUUCACCUUGAAUUCUUGUCAAUAACUUUUUCAAGAUUUUUCAAUUUACUCACAACCUCAUUAAUUGGUCACAAUAUCUUUGAUUUUGCAUACACUUUUGGCUUGUUACAAGGAACAAGUUUCCAUUGAGUCCUUUUGAUGACAAAAUAUAAAAGGAGAUAGAAAAGCAACUCAAACAUGGCUGGUUGUGAAUUCUAGGAUCAUUUCUUUAUUUUGGUUUCAAAUAUUGAAGGCUAGAAAUGUCCUCAAAGCAUGAAAGUCCUGAUAAGAAAGAUGUAUCAGGUACACACAAAAGGCUAUCAAAUCUGAUGCACCAAGCUGGAAACAGGUAUUGUGCCGAUUGCGGAACUCCAGAGCCAAAAUGGGUAUCUUCAAGUCUUGGAGUAUUUAUUUGCAUCAAGUGUUCCGGCAUACAUAGAAGUUUAGGAGUCCACAUAUCAAAGAUUGCAUCAUUGAAGCUAGAUCAAUGGUCAGAUGAACAAGUUGAUGCAUUAGAGAAGUUGGGUGGAAAUACAUUCUUAAAUAAAAAAUAUGAAGCUUGCUUACCAAGUAAUAUAAAAAAACCAAAACCACAUACCUCGAUCGAAGAGCGCUCCGAAUAUAUCAGGAAAAAAUAUGAGGAACUACAGUUUAUGAUGGAGAGUGAUGAGAAUUCAUUAUGUCCAUUUGUACCAUCUCAAGGAAGAAGUGUAUCAUUAGGUCCGAGUAGUUCUUCAUGUUACACUUAUCAUAUUGACAACAAAAAAUAUGAAAAAGCGCUGACAAGACAUCAUAUCGGACACGCAUUCCGAAAGAGCUGGACAAGAAAAGAUUCUGAGCACAAGUGUUCAAAGAAGAGUACCUCAUUGGCAGGUAUGGUUGAAUUUGUUGGGUUGAUUAAGGUUAAUGUUAGGAAAGGCACUCACCUAGCUAUUAGAGAUGUAGUGACCAGUGACCCUUAUGUCAUCCUUUCUUUGGGACACCAAUCGGUAAAAACACGCGUUAUAAGGAACAAUUUGAAUCCAGUUUGGAAUGAAAGUCUAAUGCUAUCAAUUCCAGAGAACAUUCCUCCCCUUAAAGUGCUUGUAUAUGAUAAGGAUACAUUUUCAACUGAUGAUUUUAUGGGCGAAGCUGAAAUAGACAUUCAACCACUAGUUUUAGCUGCAAUUGCAUACGAGAAAUCUACGGCCAACGAGUCCGUGCAGCUAGAGAAAUUUGUAGAAAGCAGGGACAACACUCUUGUUAGAGAUGGUGUCAUAUCUCUUGAGGAUGGGAAGAUCAAACAAGAAAUCUCAGUGAGACUACAGAAUGUUGAGAGAGGUGUUCUUGAGAUUGAGCUUGAGUGUGUUCCUCUAAUUCAAUAGCUUGGAUAGAAAGUUAAGGGCCAGGAAGACUUUUAUUAACAUUUAGUUUUGGAACAUAUGUAUCAGAAAUAUUAAUCUGUUUUUUAGAUUUUUCUGUCUCUUCUCCUCUUGUAUAUUCUAUGAUGUGACUUAAGAGAAUUGUUCCUCUAUUAAAGGUUCUUU